CUGCGGUCACAUCUUGUUGCCAGAACUUCAGUGACGCGGUGACACAGGAUUUCAGUGUUAUUCAUCCCCCCUCUGCGUCUUUUUUCCUUCGUUUAAUUGCGUUUAUUUUAGCAGCACAUCUCACGAGGGGCUGGUCCAUCGCUGCAGCAGUUUGUACCCCUGCUUCCAGCCAGCCCCCCUGUUGGAGCCGCUACUGGAUGUUUUGUCACCGACGGUGAGAGAGCUCUGAUCCAUCAGCCGACGUUAAGACCUCUGAGCUUUAAGGAUCAGAUUCUUAUUUAGAAACGGUUAUAUAAUCUGGUAAACACUGGCGUUUUGUGCGCGGGUCUUUCUCGUUCGUUCCCCAGCUACUUAUUUAUUCAUUUUAUUCUGUUGUAGACUAGAUAAUUCCCGUCCGUGUUCAUGCCAGAUCUGCAGCGCUUUAGUUUUCCAUACCAUAGCAUGAAUCCUUUGUUGGGGGCCAACACGCAUCUCCAACAGCAUCCGCAGCAGAGUCAAGCCCCCGGACACCCAGACUCCCCCUCAGGCCUCCUGCCCGACACCGUUUUCGGUGUAGCUGACCCGACGUCCUUUUUUCUGGGUGAGCAGCCUGUGCCGUGGCCUGAUCAGGGAGGGCCUGACUUCACCGCACCCUCACAGACCUCACCUUUCCUCCAUCACAACCACACUCCCUUCCAGCACCGCGCUGUGCCGCACCCCCCUGCAGCCAUGGCUCUCAGAAACGACUUGGGAUCCAACAUCAGCGUCCUCAAAACUCUCAAUCUGAGGUUCAGAUGCUUUUUGGCUAAAGUGCACGAGUUAGAGCGCAGGAAUAAGAUCUUAGAGAAGCAGCUGCAACAGGCGCUGGAUGCCAACAAGGGCUGUCAAGGUGGAUGCUGUGAGGGCAGGGGGCAUACACAGGAGGCGAGUGUGCAGACUGGAUUUGUGGGGACCAUACCGCUCAGGCCUGGCUCCCUCCCCUUCCACAACACCAACAACUCAGCCAGGAGGCCUACAACACUGUUCCCACCACCUCUCACAACAACCCUGCAGCCUGCUACUGCUGAUAACUCCAGCUCAACCCAAACAAAUGCCACUUUAAACCCAGCCAUCACCAUCAGCCAGGCCUCUCCCUGUGUGGACUCCCCUGGCUCUGCCUCCAGAACUGUCACCAACACCAGCGCAGGCCCGGGGAGCUCCACCAACCCUCCUCCACGGUUCCUCCCAGGCACCAUCUGGUCCUACAACCAUGCACGCAAGUUUGGUGCUGGUGCAGAGCGUCUGACCAGCCCAGGGGUGUCCUGGAUGCACCCUGAUGGAGUCGGGGUCCAGAUUGACACCAUCACCCCUGAGAUAAGAGCCCUGUAUAAUGUCCUGGCCAAAGUGAAGAGGGAGAGAGACGAGUAUAAACGCAGAUGGGAAGAAGAAUACACGAUGAGGAUGGAUCUGCAACAGAAGAUUUCGGACCUACAAGAGGACCUGCAGGAGAGUGAAGGCUGUCAGGACGAGCUGGCUCUCAGAGUGCAGCAGCUGAAGGCGGAGCUGGUUCUCUUCAAAGGCCUCAUGAGCAAUAACCUGUCAGAGUUGGACAGUAAGAUCCAGGAGAAAGCCAUGAAGGUGGACAUGGACAUCUGCCGCAGGAUCGACAUCACUGCUCGUCUCUGUGAUGUAGCUCAGCAGAGAAACUGUGAAGAUGUGAUCCAGAUGUACCAGGUUCCGAACAACCAAUCAUCCCUAAACUGCCGCCGGAAACAAACUCCUCUGUCCUUCAACGGGAGCGAGUGUGACGAACCUGUCAGCACUUCCGAAAGUGACGGGGGCGUGGUCAAAGACGAAGAGCAUGGUGGCUCAUCGGCCAAUCAGAUUAAUGAGGAGAUGCAGAGGAUGCUGAACCAACUGCGUGAAUGCGAGUUCGAGGAUGAUUGUGACAGUCUGGCCUGGGAGGAGACUGAAGAGACGCUGCUUCUCUGGGAGGAUUUCCCAGGAUGCACUUUGCCUCCUGACCCCACCCACCCACCAGGAGAGGAGGACUGUCUGGAAAAGGUGAUUAAUGACACAGAAUGUCUUUUCAAGUCCCGGGAGAAGGAAUAUCAAGAGACGAUUGACCAGAUUGAGCUGGAGCUGGCUACGGCAAAGAGUGACAUGAACCGGCACCUCCACGAGUACAUGGAGAUGUGCUCCAUGAAGAGAGGCCUGGAUGUUCAGAUGGAGACGUGCAGGAGACUCAUAACACAGAGUGGAGACAGUAACACUGCGGCGCCUGCGUCCUCUGAGGACAGCGACCAGAGAGAAAACGACAGGUCUUCAUCGUCUCCGCCGUCUUCCUUGAGCACUGGGAGAUCUUGACACUUCCUCACUCCGGCUGUAACGGGGGAUGUGGUCACGUGACCUCCGCUGCAUCCAGCUACAGUACCACACCGACGCAAUACACACCUGUAACUAUGGCAACACCAUGUUUACAUAUGAACCUCUUUAUUUACAGAGUCAUAUCGUUAAUUCUUUCUGCUGUCCACAUAAUCAGCUUUGGUCUGAGGAGACUUUGAGCACUGAAACUGUGACUGAGUAGCAGAGCUGGAUUUUUGUCAUUACUACUUCAUGCAGAUGUCACUGCCCUGCAGGGGGGAGGGGUCUUCUUACAGGUGGAGCUUGUCAUGUUGUGAUUGACAGAGAGACGUUAAGAAAGUAAUUCUUAUAAUGAAUUGUCCUGUGAAGAUUCAAGAAGUUGAGGAUCCUGAAUUUAUUCUAAUUCUAGUUCUGAUGUCAUUGCAGUGCAGUGCUGUAGGCUACAGGAAAGCAUAGCAUGAUGUAUUCACUCUACACACAAUAAAAACACUUAGCCGGGCAUCUGAAGCUAAUCAGGCGAAUAUAUGAUGUAAAGUCACCAAAACUCACCCUAGAAAAUUUACUCCACACAAGCCUACAGGCCAAUGAAAAGACAGGGAGCAGGAUCGUUUCAGCCUAAAAGUACUGAAACAAAGGUCCUGAGCGAUGUUUGCAUGGGACUAGUACUACCUGAACACCUUUCAUGAUUUGUAAUAACUGCGGGGGUCAUUUGUGAUCAUAAUACUGCGUGAAUCUGCCAUGCCUAUAACUUGUCAGGUAAAAAUUCCACCACAAAUGACUAACUACGUACUGUUGCCAUUUUGUUUUUUUGGAGCUAGAAGUGACCAUUUUUAGAGCGUCUGUGAGGGUGGACACCUCAUGACUUAAAGCAGCCACAUACUUAAUUAUGCAUAAACGUUAAGCUUUAUUAAAGUUUAAACAGCUGAGAUAAAUACAAUUGUCAUGAACACGGAAAUUAGCAAUCGAGACCAAACCCAUUUUUUUGUACCAGGCUGUAAACAUGUUUAUUUCUGGAGCCACCCUCAAGUGGCCGUUCAAGGUACUGCAGUUUUUGGCGUCAUUGUUCACUGCAGAGGUUGCCGCUUGACCUACAAAAUUUCCCUUAACACAGAGGUCAUGUGAUAAUUUUAGUUCCCUGCGACAUCUCUGUGAUUUGGGGUGAUUUUUGCCUCUUUUCCGGUUGAGAAUUAUGGAGGCUGCCUUGGCAAUUAUAAAUGAAUGUUUUGACAGCAGUUUGAAUGCAAAGUCAGGAGGCUCAUCUUGCUACACAAUAUAGAUGUGAAUGUGGAGCCUUGACAUCAUAUCCAGGGGAUGUCAGUAAAUUUAAGUCACAUACAGACAAGGGGGAUGCUAAUUUCUAAAUCGCACGAGGUCCCCUGGUAAUACUAGUCUUGUGUGAAUAGGGCUCUGAAGCGUAUUCCUGAGUUUGAUAUUGAUGAUGAAGAGCUUGAGUCUUUGAAGUCUAAUAAGAUGUCAUGAUUCAGCAUUUUACUGCCUUACAGCUGCAGAUUCAGAGCCUGCUGUCUACCAGAUUAAACCACAGGCAAAGCAAACCUUAAGUCAUAAAUAAAUCAUAACAUCUGUGCUUAAUUUAGCAAAGCACGAAGAGGACAAAUGAGGCAAAACAUGACCAAAACAUCAGCUACCAACAGGCUUCUUCCCUUUUGCUGAUAAGAAUUAGGUAUCAUCCAGGAAACAGUAAAAGAAGGUUUUGGUGGUGUGAUCACAUUAACCCAUUUAUCUGCUGUAAAUUACCCGAAUCAGAAAUCCACUGUGAAUCAGUUAAGUGAUUUGUUAAAUCUAGACUAAAGGAAUAAAUGGGCAACAUAACACAUCAUGUCACAGCACUUCAUUAUUUUAAGAGCACUCACAACAUUGAUAGUUAGCAUCAGCAUCAUUUUGGUGCCAGGUUUAGAAAGAGCAAACUGCAUUAACGUAGCAACUCUCAUCCUAGAAUAGGCAGCGAGGGAAUUGUUAAACAAGGUCAUUUACAAAAUUUCAUCUAAACAUCUGAAAUGUAUGACGGUGUAGAAAGGGCAUUGCAAAGAACAAAAGUAUAUUCAUACACAUAAGUAUGGAGCCGGGGAGGGGGGUAAUAUUCAGAUAAAAAAACUAUUAUCUCCAAGAUUAAAGUUACAAAUUUACAUAAUAUACGAAAAAAAACUUGAAUAUUCUGCGACAUUAUAAAGUCAUAAAUUUGUGAGAAAAUUUUCAAAAUUUCUCUGAGAUUUAAGUCACAAAUUUUUAAGAAAAGAACUCGGAAAAAUAGGAAUGAAAUCACAUCUAACCAAAAACACAUUAAAGCUCUCUUGGUGUAAAGACGGGUUGCCGUUACUAGUUAAUAGUAAACAGUAAACACAUUUUUUUUUGUUAGAAUAUAACCCCCUUUCCCCGACUUCAUUUUUUUUUUUUUUUUAAACCUAUUCCAUGUUACAAAUAAGUGAUUGAUCGAUUUUAUACGCCGUCGUAGAAAUGCAUUGAACAUCUCAGAUGAAACUGUUAAUGGUGCUUCAUAAGAAACCCAAAGUUGCAGUUGACAGCAGAGACGGAUGCUGUCAGCGUCAGAGGGCGGCAUGUUUAUCCUCAGUUUUAAAUAUAGCUGCGGUCUAUGUCUUGUGCAGUUGACGUCCAGUCUGCACCCUCUCGAAGCUGAUCUGGAGUCAGCGUUGGCUCGUCAUUCUGCUUUCUGGCGGUAAAAGUACUGUGUGACAAAGUGCACUGACGCCCAAGUGUCAUGUAGCUCUUACUAAUUAGUUUUAUUUUCAGCAGCAAUGCUUAGAUUAGAGUCAGGUCCUGCGCGUGAACAAGAAAAGAUUGUCAUAAAAUAAUGUAAGUUAGCCGUUGAGUGCCAAAAUAAGAUGGUGAGAAUGAAUCAACAGGAAAUUGCUGUAAAAAAAAAAAAGACUAAAUAUAGCUGCCGAGGCUAUUUCACCAAGGUGCUUGAUGUAUAUAACUAAACCUAUUUUUGAGCCUGUUUGCACAUAGAAAGGAAGAGCAAAGCAAAAAUGUAUAUGAAACAAUCAGCACUAUUGUACAACAUGUAACAUAAAAAUGUAGACAAGCUGAAAAUAGAAACCUAUAUUUCUUCUAUUCAUAUUUCAUCUUUUACAUGUUGCAGGUGGGGUACUAGAAUAAUGAAUUUAACACGAACACAUACCUCAUUUUGACUUUAUUUAUGUUUUUCUGGGCACAUUUAACCAUGAACUUUAACUCACUGCUGCAGUAAAACACAUAUUAGCAUACUGCUGUCAGGGGAUCGCCCCUCUGUCAUCACUGCUCUGUGAUCAGACACUGUUGUCUAAAUAUAGUCCUGGCUGUAGUUUCUUCUGUGUGGUUGUACCAGGUGAGAUAUUUCUUCUGCUUCUACUGCGACUCACACUUCAACGCUUUGUUAUCACACAGCCGGAGGACAGAUCUGAAGCUUAUAUAAACUCAUGCAUGUGUGGCCUGUUGGAAUCAGCUGAGUGCGCUAAUCGCAGCGUUUCCACUACUGUUUGAAUUCAGAAGGAGGAUGUCUGUCAAGGAUAAAUUGUGUGUGACAUAAAACACGCCAUUUCCCUUUGUACAGUUUUUCUUUCACGCACUGAGUGAGUCUCUAUGUAUGCAUGUGCCAGUGUGUAUGUUUCUGGGUGUUAUGUCUGUAUACUGAGUGUUUUUAAAAAGACUUUUACUGGUGCAGAUGCACAACAUGAAGAAGAAGGAAACAUAGCAAGUCCAAUUUGUUGUCUCAUUGUGUGUAGCAUUUGAGACUGAGCUGUCAUUUUGACAAUAAUCACCCCUAAAAUUGUAAAUAUUUAAAUCAAAUGACGAUGGAGUUCUUUUGUUUUUCCAUUGGUACUUUUUCUUUAUGAGUGUAUGUGGCUGCCAAAUAAAGUCAGUUUAAAAAUAACUCAAGUUAAAACAAAAAAACAAAACAAAACAAAAAAGCAGAUCCUCUGAAAUGCAAAUGCUUUAGCGAAAUGACUAUACGAUGGCUUUGAUUAUAUGUGUAAAGGAAAUAUAGCUUUGAAUAUUUACUUGUGUUCAAAGACUGCAAGCAAAGAUCGUCGACAGUCACACACCUGGAAAGAAACUUAAGAUAAGAUAAAAUGACCCGAUUGCUUUAUUUAGCUGAUCAACGGAAAUUAUGGCAGUUAAAGACAAAAAACAUGUUUUUUUUGUCACUUCUCUCACAUGUUAACAGAUGAGACAAGAUAUUAUGAUUCAAUUUGUGUCCUAAAACAAUCUGCUGAUAAUCCUGAGUGUUGGCUGAGUACUCCAGAUGUGUGACGAUGCAGCUUUAAACAUCAAGACAGUAAUUUAGGCUAAAUAGCUUCCCUGCAGAGCUACAGUAUGUAACAAGAGAGAUUGAAAGAAUAAAAGAUGCAACUGAGCAACGACAUUGUGUGUGAUCAUUUCUAAAACAUGUGUCUGUUCAGCCUUAAAAUUAAAGGGUAAAUUCACCCAGAUUACAAACGGGGAGUGGAAUGGGAUUGUGUUUUUGUGCUCACAGCUUAAUCACAUUUCAACAUGCAGCAUCUCUCUCUCCAGAAACAAUGUCUCAGACACUCAUCAGCAGGCUACAGAAGCAACUGAACUCUGUGACGUCACUGUUUUGGAAAAGAUGUUGCUGUUGGUAUUUUGAAUAUGAGCACUAUAAAUGAAACUCAGCAACUUUCCACUGUAAAACGAUCUGCAGAGGAGGAGCAGUAUGACAGUGUAUUUACUCCUUUCAGGUACUUUUAUUUUAUGCCACAGUAAACUUCUACUGUGCUACAUCAACUUUUCAGAAGGAAAUAUUAUACCCUUUACUCCACUAGAUUGUUUUGACAGCUUUAGUUACUUUUCAGAUUAAGAUUUCCAUCAUAUAUCACGUGCUGACCUUAAAAAAUACAUUGUUUAAGAUUAAAUCAGUGGCUCGCAGCAUUUUUAAAAGUGGUGUCUGGACUGGUGGGGACUCAUUUGUGAUAUUUACAGACGUCUAUAGUAGUUGGUAUUGUUGCCUCACAGCAAGAGGGCUCCUGGUACAAACCCAGGGUGGGGGAACCCUUCUGUACAGAGCUUUUUCUGGGUUCUCCGGCUUCCUCCCACAGUCCAAAGACAUGCAAGUUAGCUUAAUUGGUGACCCUAAAUUGCCCAUAGGUGUGAAUGUGAGCGUGAAGUUUUUAGUUGUCCCAUUAAAGAGACAUUUCUCCUCUCAGAUGGUUCAAUUCAAAUCACUGUUUGAUCUCCAAAGAUGUCAAAUUAUCUCACAAUUUACCCUCUCCCAUCAUCUCAUGACCCCCCAGACUUAUUUUGUGACCCUUUGAGAGGGUCCUA